GGUGACCGCUGCAUGUGUGGUCAGGGCUUCGUCGGGCGGAGCUGUGAGCUGGGUCUCCAUGACAAUGACGGGGCCGGCCGCUGGUAUGAGGUCAGCCAGGGUGACCCUGACCUCCCUCCCAGGACUGCGGCCUCUGGGGUGUAUCUCGGUGCCACCGGCGCCCUCUACCUGUUCGGAGGGUUCGAUCUGAACAGCGCACUGGGAGACCUGGUGUGCUACAACUUCACCACCAACCUGUGGGCACAGAGAACACAGCCGUACCAGCCGGCUGCCCGACACUCUCACACUGCGGUCGAGUGGGACAGCAGCAUGGUGAUUUUCGGAGGGGAGCUGGCCAACGGCUCAUUGGCCAAUGAUGUCUGGAUGUACCGCCCCCUUCAGGAUAACUGGCAGCAGCUUGGCCAGUGGGAUUCGCCUGGAGCACCCAGGCUGGCCAAUCACGCGGCAGCCGUGGUCGAUGACUAUUUGUAUGUGUUUGGAG